CACUCCCAAAUUCAUUUUUCUAAAUUAAAAAGGGGGAAAGGGAAAGAUUAUCUUCUCCGUCCCCUCCCCCCUCCCCUCCCGUACAGCUGUCUGUCUCGGAGCAGCGGGCAGCGGCGGCCGGCAGGCAAUGCAAUGAAGAAAUGCUCGGCGUUGGCCUCGGCGUCCGACUGAUGGUAGCUGUUGCCCCUGCGCCUCCAGUUCCAGCCCCACCAGGCAAACCGCCCCUUCCUCUCUGCUCCUCUCUCCGCCACCGCUCCUCCGGCUGGUGGUUCUCCAACGGCGACGCCCAUGGAAGAGACAGCACCGCCGCCACCACGAGCAGCAGGGCGACGAGGCGGAAGUGGUGGUCCGACCCCGACGGCAGCCAAGAAGACUACGGUUCCUCUUCUCUAGAGGAGGACGAGUACGGUUACGGUUACGACUACGAUUACGAGGAUGAGGCUGCGUUCCCCGGAUUUGGAGGGGCUGGGGAGAUGUUCGACGAGCCCUGGUUCUCCAAGGUAUUCAAGACGUACGGAUUCAUGCUACCGGUGAUGCUUGCAUCCAUGUUUGCUGUAACAGGGCUAAAGGCCUUUCUAAUGGCCAUGGCGAUCCCGCUCGGUCAGUCGGCCAUAUCAUUUAUAAUUGACGCUGUAUGGCCAAGGAGAAAAGGCAACCGUGACGACAGGUGGAGGAGACCAGUCCAAGAGGAGGAGGAGGAGGAGGAAGAUUUCCCUAGGGACGCCACUGACUUUGCAACAGGUGGUCGAGGCAGAUACAGCAGCAGCUAUUAUGAGGGGAGGAGAGGGAGGCAGAGCUACCAGUCAAGUGUCUCUAACGAUUUUGCUGAUGCUGCCUCAGCUGCUGUUGGAGCUGAUGAUAGCACCAAGAGCAGCAGCAGUGGAGAUGGCGGAGGCAACAAAAGCAGCGGUGGAUAUGGAGGAUGGGAUGAGCUUCUGGACAACAAUAACAACACUGCUGCUGCCCGGGAGGCAAAGAGGAGCAGCAACUCAUUCUCAGCUGGCAACACUUAUUACAGCACGAAAUCGCGGCCUUCGGCGACUGGGGAGGCAGAUGCGGAUUAUACCGCCGCUGGCGGUGGCGGAAGAGCGGAGCAGGGAGUAGGAGCUCCUCCGGAAAGAAUGAGAAUGAGACGACGGCGGGUGCCGAGAACGAUGGGGCUGGGCAGUACCAGGUACAAGCAGGCGCCACUCUUGAUGCGCCUGUUGGUGGCAGUAUUCCCAUUCCUGGGAUCAUGGUUCAGUGUGCUCUGAACUGUGCUCCUUCGUUCCAAAUUAUAAGACGUUUUGGUUGUCGGCUUUCUCUAGAUUCAUAGCUUUUUGCUAUGUACUUGGAUAUACACUAUGUCUACAAACGUUAUAAAAGCAAUGUGUAUAGAAAUGUCAUAAUUUGGAACAAGCAAUGUAUAUAGAAAAGUCAUGAUUUGGAAUGGAGGGAGUAGUAUUAUAUAUUAGCCCAUGUUGGCUCACUCAUGAAUUCACAUACAAGUAACCAGUGGCAGUAAGCAAAAGAUUAUGAUUGUGAAACUGCCUUCAUCCGGUCUCCAGGCAGUCGCAGAAGUUUGAUUCAAUCAUAGGCUGGAGCCGAAUGGAAUCAGAAGUGAAGCUGUGGAUUGGAAGGAAGACAAGUGUCGUGAAGAAGAUCGAUUGAUUCAGGCAGUGUGCCUGCAGCAUCAGCUAAGCGGAAAAGUAUGUACGUACCCUGUUGCUCUAGCGCAAUGGUUUUCACUUGCACUAUAUGGUAGUGAUACAUAGACAGUUGCCUUGUCAUUUUUUUUCGUGUCACAAUGAAAUGGAACAGUAAAGAAGGCCUUCGUUUUAUAG